AUGGCUCAUGGUGUUCAUCCAAAUUUUAUGGAGAAGCAUGAAGAACACCAUCGCCCAGAAUUGCAGAAAGGUCUAGUCAUCAAGCAUAAUGCCAACCAGCAAUAUGCUACAAGUGGGGUUAUGGCAUUUCUUUUCAAAGAAGUUGCCAGAAUGAAUAAUCUUCCUACUCAGGAAUUUGUGGUGACGAAUGAUAUGGGAUGUGGAUCCACUAUUGGUCCAAUACUAGCUUCAGGAGUUGGGACUCGCACUGUCGAUUGUGGCAUAGCUCAGUUGUCCAUGCACAGGUAUUUUUGUUUUUUUUUUUUGUAUUUUGUUUUUUUACUUGAGAAUUCAUAG